CACAUAACAAAAAAAAGAAAAAAAUUGUUUUUUGAAAAGUUUUGUUUAUUAAAAAAAAAAUUAAAGAAAAUUUAAUUUUAUUGAUUAAGUGAAUUUUUUUAUUAUUAUUGAGGAAAAAGUUCCAAAAAUGCCGCCAAUAACAGCACAAAAGCAGCAGAAUUGGUGUCUCAACAUGAUGUGGCUGGUGACUUUGGUGGCCAUAAGUGGUGAAUAUUUAGUUAAAGGGGAUUCCUCUCCCAUACCACAUCUUUGUGACAAUGUCAAAUGCCCUACUCUCUCAGAGUUAUCAUGCCCUGCUGACAGCAGUAUUCGUGAACUUAUAGCCGAACCUUUAAUAGCUGUUGACGAUGAAGAGGAGUUACUUUAUAACUCCAACAAUAUAACGGAAAUCACCGAAGAAAUCUUUUCACAAUGCUGCCUUAAUAAAAAAUGUAUUUGUAAUCUCUGUCAUAUACCCGAUUGUCACGAUGAUAAUGAAGUGGUGGUAGAACUACUACCCGAAUCUAUUGAUAUGCCUGGUUUUUGCUGUGGCAAAUACGAAUGUCAAAUGGAACCCAAUUGCACCGAAGUUCAAAAUACCGAAAACUAUUGGUUGAGUAAUUGUCAACGCUGCAAGUGCUAUGGUGGCCAUAAGAUGUGUCAUCAAAUCUGUGAUGAGGGUAUAAAGAAACCGGCCAUGUGUCAUUCGAAGAAUUUGAAUUCAUUCUAUGAGCAUGGCCAGAGAUGGCGUGAUGGUUGUUCUGACUGUGAGUGUGUUAAUGGUGAGGCCAAUUGUUUGAUUACCUUCUGUAAGGGUUUAAAUUGUCCCAAAAAUCGUCAGGUACAAUUGAAAGAUAAAUGUUGUCCAGUUUGUUGGCCUAAUGGUUUUGCUAUGCCCACUGCUGAAGAGGAAUAUGGUGAAGAUGGCGAUUUAGAAGAACAUAAUGAUAAUGAAAUUGAAUUGGAUCAUCAUUAUGAUAAUAAUGAAGACUAUAAUGAGAAUGAAGAUCAAGAGCAAGAACCCGAUAUAGAGUUAAAACCAAUUAAUGAGUUGUCAAAAGCUACUACUAUGGAAAGCUCUACUACUAGCACUACCGCAGCAACUACUAUCAGCUCACCAACACCAACUACUAGUACCACAACUACAGUUAAGCCUACUAAGGUGGAGACAACAACCUCCACUACCUCAAAACCAGUGGAACUUUCACAUUCUACCGCCACUACCCCUGCCACUGUCACUAACACACCCUGUAAAACUGAACAACUGACCAGCACUAGCACUUCUAGUAGCACCACUCCCGAACCCUGUAACCGUCAAGAAGUACCCGCCACCUACCAGGUCUAUCCCCAAGUAGUCGAACUUAUGCGCUAUAGUCAACACAACAAUCUACUUUACACCAUUAUUGGUUGCCUUUCUGUCAUAGUGGUCAUAUUGGCUGCCUGGAAUAUUCACCUCAAGGCCAAGCAAAGAUCCUAUAGACCUGUAUCUAAUUUCGAUGAUAAUUUUAAUCGUAUGACCUCUAACAUUAAGAAAACUAAUGAUUAUGUUUAAGCCCCUUUAGGGUGGGGCAACACAGCAGCAGCAGCUAAACGAAAUAUACUAUAAAAACAAAUUAGUCUAAGUAAACUAAAGUGUAUAGUGUAGUUCUAGAAUCUGCCGUUAUUUCUAACAAACUCACACACACAUACAUUUAUAUACAUUUAGACCCAACUUUGCUUAGCUGAGGAUCUCAAAAUACUUAUAUGAAGAAAAAAAAAUUAUUAAAUGAAAAAAAUUUCAAUUUUAAAAAGAGAAGAUAAGAAAAAAACACUUCAAUUAUGAUUUAAUUUAAAAAAUAUAUAUAUUACAAAAAAGUAUUCAAUAUUUUCCUAAAUUUUAGUUAAAUUCUUAUUUUUUAUUAGUUUUAAAAUAAAUUUAUUACAAAAAAAUACAUAAAAAACCCACCAGAUUCAUUAAAAUCUUUGUCGAAACUAUAUUUUCAAAGAAACAAAAAAGAUCAUAAGUAAUAAAAAAAAUUAUAAACCUCAGUAAUAAUAGA